AUGACUGGAGGAUCUAAAACUCAAGAUUUGAAUCUGUUAAAUCCUGAGGACAUUGAUGACGAUGAAGAGUUGAACGACGGUGAGGUGAAUGGGAAUGGGACGCUUCAGGAAAAGGUGUUGCAUGAAGCUCGCAUCAAGGCAAAAGCUAAGCGGCGGUUGAGGCGCAAUUCAUCACGAGACUCCACACGGGAGUCAGUGUCAGAGGGUGGUGAGCCGGGGACAGACCCAAACAGUCCCAAAGGAAAGCUCAAUGACCGGAAAUCUCGGUCUGGAAAAGGACGAGGCCUUCCAAAGAAAGGUGGAGCUGGCGGGAAGGGUGUAUGGGGUGCAGCUGGAGUUAUUUAUGAUUAUGAAGAACCCGAUGCUCGUGAUCCCAACUAUGAUGAUGCUGCCCAGGGCAAAACAGUGUAUGGGACAAUGGUCCCAGAACUGGAUGAAAAUGCACUGCAGAAGACCGUGACUCCAAUUGUGAAGGAGUACUUUGAGCAUGGAGAUGGGCGUGAAGUGGCGGCAUUACUGCAGGAACUGAACCUGGGCAAGAGAAAGCAUGAAGUUCCUUCUCUUGCGGUCUCACUCGCAUUAGAAGGCAAGGCGAGUCACCGGGAACUGACGUCCCGGCUUCUCUCUGACCUCCUGGGGAAAGUCCUUACAGCUAGCGAUGUUGCCAAGGCCUUUGAUAGGAUGUUGAAGGAUCUGCCUGAUCUUAUUCUUGAUACACCUGAAGCUCCGCAGGUACUCGGCCAAUUUAUCGCCAGGGCAGUUGCAGAUGAUGUGUUGCCAUCAAACUUUCUCGACAGUUAUAAAGGGAAGGUGAAUUGUGAUCAUGCACGUGCUGCUUUGGAUCGUGCUGCUGUCCUUUUGAGUAUGAAGCGUGGUGUUGGAUUGGACAACGUCUGGGGAGUGGGCGGAGGGCAGCGACCUGUUAAACAUCUCAUCAGAGAGAUGAACUUCAUAUUGAAAGAGUUCCUGCUCUCUGGAGAGCUGGCGGAAGCCGAGCAUUGCCUCCGUGAUUUGGAGGUGCCACAUUUCCAUCAUGAGCUUGUUUACGAGGCCGUUAUCAUGGUGUUGGAGUCGACUGGAAACACGGCAGCAAAGAUGGUAAAGCUGCUGAAGAUGCUGUGGGAGAGUGGGCUCGUCACACUGGACCAGAUGAACAGGGGCUUCCAGCGAGUGUUUGAUGAGUUACCAGACAUAAACUUGGAUGUCCCACUUGUUCACACAAUUCUGGAGAAAUUCUUAGACCUGUGUGUUCAGGAAGCCGUUAUAACCAAGCAGCUUCGUGACAGCUGUCCUUCACGAGGCCGUAAGCGUUUUGUGAGUGAGGGAGAUGGUGGACGUGUCAAGGAGUAAGACCUCACUGUGUGCAUUUGGCAGUCAGACCCUCAACGCACAUCAGAUUUUACCACAUUUUUUUGAUCAUAUUUCUACACGAAACACCAAAGACUCAGCAGGAGUUUGGACUGAUUUGCGGUAACAGGUGGCAAUGGCAAGUGCGGAAGUGGCCUCUUAUGUUUUCUCUCAGCAGGCACUUUGAUAUAAUUGUCUGCAUUCACCAGAUAGGGGCAGUUUAUCUGUCCUCUCCAGGGGCUGAUUAUCUCACUGGGUCUGCAUCCAAAAUGAAUUGAAUCUCCAGAUGCCUUUAAAACUGUUUAGGGCAGAAGUGGAGAAAUUGCUAUGAUUUCAAAGUAGCUUUUAAAUGAACUGGGGAGUCACAUUUGAGAUGAUUUCUUUUUUCACCUCCCCUUAAAAUGCUGGCAAUGUUGAUCUUUAUCUGAUAGCUUUCGUUUCUUUAGUGCUUUGCAUUGCACAUAUACCUAUUGCUCUGGCUCCAGAGUGAAUGGCUUUAGAAGAUGGAAUUUCUCAUGAAUCUGAGUGCGGGAAGGAUGAAAUCAUUAGCUAAGAGCCAUAAACCAGCCACUGGGAGAGCAGGCAGCAAUCGUAUAAUGUACCUCACUCUGGGAGGGUUCACAGCCUGCUCCUAGCCAGUGAGGGGGCAGCAUUAAAUAGUAGCUCCUUGUCAUGUCAAUGAGUUGCCUGGUUAUCACUGUUUUAGAAACUUAAUGGCAGGACUCUUGUGGUGCUGAACCAAAAGGCCCAAAUUCAAGUCCCAGCUGGGUGCUGUGCAGGAAAACUGUGUCACAAUGAUUUGGCUGUGUCCAGUGUUUUAGUGGGUAUAUAUUAUGGAGUUCAGAUUCCAGUACCCUCACUGACAUCAUAUGGGGAAAGGGGCUACAAUUUAUUGGGGUGCGGCAUGCCUCUAAGAUUUAUUUGUUGUGCAUGGCCCAAUCUCUUCAGUGCGUGACCCUUUAAAAUAUUUUUGCACUUGUUAUUUCUUGCAAAACUGGUUUUCUGCUGUACCCUUCAGGCUGCUCUGCAGCUGUAUGGCUUUAGCAAGAUCCCCGGUGGUGGUGGUGAAGGUGCUUAGACCAAAUUGCACUCGAUUAGAGAGGUGAAUGGUUUAGAAAAGAUUGAAUGAGAUUGCCGAUAUCCAUGUCUUACAGGGGAACUGGGUUUUGUCUCCAAUGGGAAAUGCUUUUAAGAAAAAUUGGAUAUGGAAUAAAGAUGAUUCUACAACCCAUGA